AUGACACUCACUUUACUCCAAUGGAUGGGUCCAACGGACCAUUUCCAGAUCAAUACCUACACUGGUUUGACUAGCGGUUUACUGCUCCUCAUCAACCAGAUCACAGACCUUGAGUAUCCUUCGAACAGCAAACUAGUCGCAGAUCAUCAUCGAAUCGCUGCUGACAUCAAGACAUCGCUUGAAGGGCUUCGCCAAGACGUCCCGCCAAAUCUUCUAUUCUCAACUACAGUCCAGCUCUCAGCAAGUGCCGAAGCGUAUAGACUGGCCUGCUUGCUCUAUCUCCAUCACAAAGUCGCCUCUAUAAGAGCACGUAUCGCUGUACGAACGACUUCUUUGAGUCCUCUCUUCUCGCAAUCGGAGGUACUGCAUUUGACCAGCCAGAUACUGUCCCUUCUUGAAGACAAUCCAGGCCUGACGAGAACCGUGGCGAACCGACUAUGGCCAAUAUUCAUGGCUGGAUCCAGUGCCAAUGACGAUUUCUUGAGACUUCGGGUGUUGAAUUUAUUCGAACAGAUCGAGAAAGACCGCAGGUUCUGGAAUGUUGCUCCUGUACGCAUGAUGAUUUUGAAGAUCUGGCGACACCGCGAUAUCCACGUAGAUGAGCCGGUUGUGUCGACUCGCAAGUACAAGAAAGCACCCGCAAAAGAAGCAGAAUAUCGCCAGGGAAGCGGCAGUGACUGGGACUGCAUUCUCGAGAUGAUGGCCAACUUCACAUGGAGCCUAACGUGA